AUGCCGCACUGGAGAUUAGCAGCAGCUCUACUGCUUUCGAGCUUUGCAGCCGCGCAAGAUGCCGGACUGUCCGGCCCCGUGGACGAUACAGACCCGGGCGGUCUGCAGCUCAUCGUAGCAAAUGCGACUGCCACCCCAGACGAUAUGGCCGCUGUGACGGUGACAAUGACGAGCACGCACUGGGUCGUGGCUGCGACAAGUCAUCAACAAAUGGCAUUCGCAACUCCACACGCCAAGGCUACCGCCAAGCAAAACAAGAAAGCGCAUUCGAAAUCAAGUGCGUCUCCACAAGCGAGCACAACGAGGAUUGCACGGGGCAAAGCGAAAGCGUCUGUGCCUGCCAAUACAACACAGAAUGCAGUCUCGCUCAGCAAGCUCAUCAACGUCACAGACGAAUGGGAUUGGACCACAUUCAAAGCCAACGGCGUCAACAUAGGCAAUUGGCAAGUUCUCGAAAGCUGGAUGAACCCGACAUGGUUUGCUUCCAUUGCCGCCGGUACAGGCGCAGUAGACGAAUGGACGCUGGCGGAGUAUCGCGGGCACAAGAUAAUGGGACCCAUUCUCACACAGCACUGGGAUACCUGGAUAACAGAGAAAGACGUCCAAACGCUGUCCGAUCUCAAUGUCAACAUGAUGCGCAUACCGGUCGGCUUCUGGGCCUGGGGCAACGUGACGGGCGUCAUGGCAGGCGAGCCUUACUACAUCGGCGACCGCUUGUCGAGGAUACAGAGACUCAUCGAAUGGGGAGCGCUGCAUAACAUCUAUAGCGUCAUCGACAUGCACGGAAUGCCAGGAUCACAAUCUGGCAACGAUCAUACCGGGCAUGUCGGCCCGAAACUGUUCUUUCAGCCUGCGAACCAACAGCGCUCGCGUAGAGUCAUCCAGGUCGUCUCUGACUGGAUCGACGCAUUGCCCAAGACGACGCGGAGCUGGGUUGCCGGUCUCGAAGUCGUCAAUGAACCGCAGCUGUCUGCGACAGGCUCAUGGUACGACAAGACAUACGAGCCCGUCUUAAAGAGCUUCUACCACGACUCAUACAACAUCAUCCAGAAUGGCAACACGCCUAAGAAGACGACCGUCAUCCAUGAUGCCUUCUACCCACCUGGCACAGGCGUGUGGGAUGAUUUCAUGCUCAACGUUCCAAAGAACAACCUCGUUCUUAGCAGUCAUCCAUACUACCACUGGGACACGUACAGCGAUGCAGAGGCUGCCAUCAACACCUACAAGUCGGCCGACUGGUUUAACUACCCCCGACCGCUCUGGCUCAACGAAUGGUCACUCAGCCUGCCAGAUGAUUGCGUCAAUUCGUACACCGAAUCGAGCGAUUGGUACCAGCGCUUCUGGCAGCACCAAGUCGGCGAGUGGUAUCAGUUUGCAGGACAUGCAUUCUGGUCGAUCAAGACGAUCGACAAUCCGCCGUGGUCGUUGGAGAUCUUGGCCAAUGCGAUUCCGACGGCGAUAGAGACGGUAACGACGCCCGAAUGA